AUAAAACAACUAGAUAGCCGACUGUAUAUUACAUUGCCAUAAGAAUGUUGAAGUCGGGCCGCCAUAUGCCAACAGGGCAAUAUUUACAUAAUAAUUCAAUAGAUAAGAUACUGUACUGAUAUCUGAUAAUAAACAAUAUUACAAAAAACGUAUUUCUUUUCAUAUUUUACUUUUACCAGAAUAUAAAAUACAAAUUGAAUUUCUUUAGUCUAAAUUACUAAUUAGUAAUAAAAUUACCAAACGGUACCUACAUAACCUACAUACUAAAGUAAUUAAUAAGAUGCCAGUUUCUUGUUCCGCCCAUGCCUGUACUAAUCGAAGGCAACGUGAUGGCAAUAUCCAUUUUUUUUCAUUUCCUUUAAAAAAUCCUGAAAGAAACCAACUUUGGAUAAAUGCUGUAGGGCGUAAAGGAUUUAUUCCAACAAAAAACAGUGCUAUUUGCAGCAGUCAUUUUGUACCAUCCGAUUUCAAAAUAAAUCCAGGAGGCAAUUACCGUUUACAUUUAAAUGAUACUUCUGUACCAUCUGUUUUCCCUGGUAAUACAUCAGAAAAAAAAUCUCAAAUUGAACAAAACAUUGAGCAAAAUUCACCUAUUAGAGAGAUUAUUGAUACAAAUAAUUUAUUAUUGACUACUCCGUCCAAAGUAACAGCAAGAAGGCCUUUAUUUUCUCCUAAAACAAAAAGUAAACAUACAAGUGAACCUCUAAAACCUAGGAAAAUUGAGUCGAAAAAUUCGUCGAACAUUUAGAAAUGGCACAAUAUCUCGGUCUCCAACCUUAUUUCCACCAGAAUUUUGGUCAGUAAGUCAUAACAACGAAUUAGAUAUACCUCGAACUCAAAACAAGGUAGAAUCAUGGCACAAACGUUGGAAGACUUUAAUUGGAGCAGAUCAUAUUGGGCGUUUACAUAUUGUUUCAGAAAUGAAAAAAGAACAGAUGAAUACAAUAGGUUAGUAUACUAGUGUAGUAAUAUAUAAUUUAUUUAACAUUAUAUGUAUUUCAUUUAUGAUUCAUAAUUAAAUCUGAUGUUUUAGGUCAAAUUGAACUAAUUCUAUCUGGACAACCAAAGCUUCGACAACAUUCAAAAUAUGCUGCUCGUAAGAAACGGUUAAAUAAUAUUAUUAAUGAUAAAGGUAAUAGGACCCUGAUAGAUUUUCUAAAAGGUAUAGCUUAUAAUAUAAAACUAUAAAUGUAAU